UUUUUCUUUUCUUUUUUCAUUCAGGUCUUGUAUUUCGGCUCAAUCUCGAGGCAGGAAAUCUGUGUCACUGGAACUAUAAACAUCAUUUCUGAAGAAUACUGUAGGAGGAGUUUAGGAUAACGGUACACUGACCAAAUGAAAGUGUUGAGAGAGAGAGAGAGAGAGAGAGAGACUGCACUGCUAAAGGACAGGAGAUUAAUCACACAGAGGUGCUUUAUUAAAGAUGGCCAGCGCUUCGAUCCCGCUCACUAAUGUGGGAAGUGGCUACACCAUCGUCAGUCAGGUUCUUCCCUCAUCAACAGCCCCGACUACAGCCGGACAAAAUCCCUGUCAGACAAUCAGCCCACUGCAGAAAUUCCUGAAAGGAGAACCGAAAGCUCUGGGAACUGUCCAAAUAAUGGUCGGUGUGUUGACAAUCUUGUUUGGUAUCGUGCUCGCGAUGUUUCCUGAAAGCAUCAGCGUGUUAACUGGAGUCGUGUUCUGGGGCUCGCUGUUCCACAUCAGCGCUGGUUCUCUGGCUGUUGCAGCAAACAACAAACUGAAUUGCUGUGUGGUGAAGGCCACUAUGGUGGUCAAUAUUCUUAGUACAAUAGUUGCAGGAAUCGCCAUCAUCAUACUUUCCAUAGAUUUGGUGAUCACCCCAAUUUUCGGAUACUGCUACAAUCUAGAUGGGUAUGGUUGCAGGAAUUGGAAUCUUGCAGUGAGCCAGAUCAGUGGAAUCACCGGCGUUCUGCUGCUUUUCUCUGUGCUCCAGUUCGCUGUCUCUAUUGCAGUUUCAGCUUUCACCUGCAAAGCCAUCUGCUCCAGUGAACCAACUCUGAACAUCGUCAAUGUGGUUCAGAACCCUGAGAUGUGUGUUCCUGUGGUCAAUUCCUAUCCAGCACAACAACCUCAGCCGCCGCUUUAUCCUUCUACAGGGUCGCAGGCAAGCCGGAGCCUAUCCCAGCUGACUAUGGGCGAAAGGCGGGGUACACCCUGGACAAGUCGCCAGGUCAUCACAGGGCUGACACAUAGACACAGACAACCAUUCACACUCUCAUUCACACCUACGGUCAAUUUAGAGUCACCAGUCAACCUAACCUGCAUGUCUUUGGACUGUGGGGGAAACCGGAGCACCCGGAGGAAACCCACGCAGACACGGGGAGAACAUGCAAACUCCACACAGAAAGGCCCUCGCCGGACCCAGGGUUCGAACCCAGGACCUUCUUGCUGUGAGGCGACAGCGCUAACCACUACACCACCGUGCCGCCGAAUAUCUGUCUUAUAAACAGCAAAUAAGGGGUCAGUACAAUGAACGCUGUCGCCAUGAGCAGUGCACCCAUGGAAAGUCCUCCAGCAUACUGCGAGAAAGGCCACCCAGAUGAC